AUGGCACCCAACACAAGCGCCAUUCAUAUUCUCGAUUUUCCUACAGAGGUUUUAUCUAGUAUUUCUGGCUUUGUCAAGUUCGAUGGCUUUUUCGAGCUGGAUGGCUUGAACUAUUUCGAAAACCUGACGCAAAACACGGCCAGCAUCAAAAGCCUCCGGUUAGUUUGCAUCAAGUUUUCCACCAUAGCCACACCUCUGCUUCUCCCUGUUGCUUCUUGUUCCGUGCUUGAUUCCAAAUCUCUUGACGUUUUGGACGAGAUUUCCCAUCAUGCCACUUUCUCCAGCCUUGUCAAAGUGGUACACGCCCGCAUUGGGUUUUUCGAUGCAGUGAUCACAAAGGACCCAACCAACCUGGCAACGUAUCUUUCUUGGGCCUGGCGAAAAUACUCCGAAUCCAACAACAAUGCACCAUCGGCUCUCGUCGACGCUGUCGUCGACGACUGGGAGCGCCUAUCAAAGGAUCCAUCCAGCGAAGUUGGCGCCGAGAGCCUGCGAAUCCUCCACUCGAUACACGCCGAAUACAAACGGCGAUACCUGGCACAGUGGGAUAUCCAUCGAUCGGGCACCGCCUUGCGACGACUCGCGCGGGCCAUUGCCAGAAUGCCCGCCGCAACCCGCCUGGUCAUCGACGACGACCGAUACCGCGUGCCCUCGCACCUGGGUCCGCUCAUGGUCGCGACCGUGGGGGCCGGGGUUGUCGACGACUCCAGCCUCGCGGCUUUGGCUGCGCCCAUGAGCUGGUGCAACUGCUGGCAGUUCAAGGACAUCCACGCCCCCGUAACGGCGUUGGAAUCCUGCCACCCGCCCAUCGACCUCGUCAUCAACCUCCCCGUCGCCGUCCACCAGGCCGGGGUCGCACUGACAUGUCUUCGGAUACUCAACCUUCAGAUCCCCGAGGCCCUGCCAGCUUGGGACUCGGGCUCUGUUUACCUGCGGCCGCUGAAGCUCUCGGGACGCGAGGAGCUGAGGGAGGCAUGCCAGACCCUGCAAGUCCUGGAGGUCACUCUGGGGGACUACUCAAUCAGGGGCUGUUGCUCCGGAGGUGUCAGGACAUCUGUGCAACACACGAGAAACCUUGGCUGGGGGCACCAGCCCGAGAGCGAGGUGCAAUCGACCCUUCUCGCCCAUGUUGUGAAGCUGAUGCUUUCCAAAAGUCUGAGACACCUUCAUCUUGAUUCGACAUCGCUCGACUUCAGGUUGCUGAACAAUGAAAAUUGGCAGGACGACGACUUUUGCGAACACAUGUUUGGCGAUCAUCCCCUGCCCAACCUGGAAGUUCUUCAUUUGAGCAACAACGCACUUGGUGAUGGGGAGGAGCUGAUCCAGCUGAUACUCAAAUCUGAAGCUAUAUACCAAUUUCGCUUGAGAGAUGUUCGUAUAGGAGUCUUGGGGCAUCCAUGGGAAGUUUUUGAAUCAGGGGGUUGGGCAAAGAUCCUGGAAGUCCUUCGAGAGCAAACACCCCGUAUGCGUGAAAACGAACUCAGGCUUCGGGGUUGGGUCCUGGAUGAGACGCCAGUCAGGAUCAGAAGCGUAAACUGGUCAGAAAUUAGCGGAUCGCCGAGAGAGCUGUAUUUCGUUGCACAGUCACUUUUCACCGAAGAGAUUGACGGGUUCACUGCGGUGGAACAUUACAUCCGGGGAGCGACAGACAAAAACCCACUGGUGGAACUAGACAAACUUUAUCCAUAUGAUGAAUGGGACAAUUAUUUAGCAGCAGAAUUAUAGAACACAAAUUUGCGACUUAAAGUUCUUAACAGUG